AUGACCCAAGCCCAGGAGGACCACCACCAGAGUACGGCCCAUGGCGAUCAGGAGAACUUGGACGGCCUAGCGCAGAACCUCAGGGCGGUCUACCGAUCCUACCAUCUCGACUGGAUCGAACACUGCGAGGCAAUCGACCGCCUCCGACUCCGGCUCACCCGCAAGAAACGGCCCACACUCACCCCAGUCACCACCACCGUCGACAUCGCCGCCGGGAUACCUGCCUGCGAAUCAGCCGCGAACGUCCUCAACCCCGCCCCCAUCGGAGCACUGUCAUCCGGCUCGGCUGGGAUCACUGGCUCAUUGACGGCCACCGGUCGGACCACCCGCCGGACUGCCAACCUGAGCUCCUUCGGCGACGCCGUCACCGACGCACAGUUCGACCUCGUUCUCGCUCAGCUCGGAACCGCCGACCAGAAGGACCCGAAUAUCAGAGCCAUGAAAACUACCGCAACCGUCCCGGAUAUGGCUCUCCUGCCCAGCCACCGUCUGCAGCUCUCGGUCUCAGAAGAUCAGACCAGCGACACCCUCGUCUCCGACCCCAUCGCCUUCUACGAACUCAACCCACCCGAUUCCGAACCACCCCCAUCCGGAUAUCAGGAACCAUCCAUCUGGACCGCCCAAGAACAAGAAGCAUUCGAGAAGAGCUACACCGCCCAGCCCAAACAGUUCGGCUGGAUCGCCUCGCAGGUCAAGACCAAGAACCGCGCCCAAUGUGUCAUCCACUACUACCGUACCAAACGAGAGAACAAGUAUCGCAACCUCCAUCUGCCCCCUCAGCCGAUCCUCGAAGGUAAAUCUCGCGAACUGCGCGGCAAACGAACGCGGAGAGUCCCCUGCAAAACUCCGACUACAGCCGAUCCUCUGACCCCCUCCUCACUCAAGCCCAAGCCCACCAAAUCCACAUCAGAUGCCAUCCCACCCACCGGAGAUGAACCUGAUGACGAAUCCGUCUAUCACCAGGCCAACGAAACCGACCUAUCCUCAACAGCCACGGCCAGCAUUCUAGUCUCAUCAUCCACCCAUCGGGACCUGCCCACACCAACCUUCUCAGCACCCUCCCCAGCCCAGUCGUCGAUGGUCGAUCCCUCUGAGAGAACGUCGAUCGUCUCCGGCGACCAUCGUGCUCGUCUGGAGCUCGCCGACCCAUCGACCGAAUCCAAUCGAUCAAACACCCCCAAACCCACCCCCACCAAACCGCUCGAUCUUCUCAAUCCAGUGGCCUCAACAUCUCUUCCAGCAAAGUCUGCCGAGGACCCAACCCCCAAGUGGCCCGCUCGUGCCUACAAGAAACGGAAAGUGCACGCGAUCGACACCAGCAAUAGUCGCCCGGUACCCUCCGCACAUUCGUCCAGUGUAGUCGAUCUUGCUCCUCCCUCUAAGCCUGACGCUCAAACUUCACAUACUCUUAACCCUCCUUCUGGCUCUGCCUAUUCUUCAGAACCUUUGCCUUCCGCUCACCCCAAUGGAAGUGACGCGUCUUCUGCACAGAUCAACGGGCUGCCUGUAUCACGCCAAACGCCUGGCCUAGAGGCCACACCAUCCUUGAUGGAGGUAGACGAACCGCCGGCGGGCAGAAGUUCACAGCCCAAGAUACCCGAAGCAGCGCCGGUGAUCAGGUCGUCGAUGCAGAUCAAGAAUCUGCUGAAUGAUGAUCCGGUCGAGCUCUCUGCGACGAUGUCGAGCAUGGAUGCAAGCGCCUGGUUUGGCAACGACUCGACUGAGGCCACGCCGACGGAAGAGAUCCCCGAGCCCGGGCCGACCAAGCCGCCGUUGAAGCUGCCCCCGGUCGACCGCGCACUCCUGCCACCUCCACGAGGAGAUUACUACCAGUCAUCAACAACGCUUCCCAGGCCGCUGUCCCAGCCCCUAUCUCAGCCUUCUUUCCCACCCCUCCCCCGCCCUCUGUCUCGCCCACUAUCCCGGCUGUCGAGCCAUGCGAGCCACGCCCAACAGCAGAGCAGCGCCAGUCUGCCCCCUUCUCAUCGACUGACCGCUUCUGACUCUUCGUCCGCGCAUCCUCCUCCUGCUGCGACUGACCAUCUUCCCGGGCGACAGUUCGAUGGGAUGCUCGUCGACGAACGCUUUGCUGACCCGCCCAGUUCGCCCGGCUCGCCCUCCGUAGGUGGGGGUCCCGCCAACAGGAUCUCCUCCCGCGGCCUUCCCGAGCCCGACCCCUCCUCCUCCAAGCCGAUGUCUGUCGCGGGCCGGAGCGCUCUGUCCUAUCAGAUCAAGUAUGAGCGGGGCUUCCCCGGGCCUGAUCGCCCACACUUCCCCGAACACUAUCCGCCGCCGCAGCCGCCGACAUCGGGCCCCUCAAUCUCGACCCUCUCGUCCAUCGUCCAGCCUCCGCUGCCGCCGCCCCCCUCCGCCUCCUCCCAAUCGCCCCGUCCGCCCAGCUUGCACCACUUCCCCACCCCCACCCAUUCCACCUCCCCGCGCCCGGGCCAUCCGCACGGGAGCGGGUCUCUGCUCCGGUCGCCUUCGUCCGCCCGUGGCCCGCUCCCCCCACCCGGGCCCUACCCCGCCCAUUCGCCCGGCGUCGGCACCCGGUUCUCCAACAACCGCCUCCCCCCCAUCCCCGCCUCGCUCUCCUCCUCCCACCACCACAGACUCAACCACCAUCUCCCCCCGCCCGAGCCUCCCCCGCCCAUCUCCGCGUCUUCUUGGCACAACACUCCCCCGCCGCCUGGUAACCACCUUUCUCCGUUCGAUGGGUCUCCCGCUGCUGCCGCCGAUCGGAAGCAGUGGGAGCAACAACAACACAAUCAGCAGUGGGAGCAAGGUUACCUCCAACAACAGAAGCAGCAGCAGUAUCAUGAGCAGCGGGAUCGGGAGCAGCGGGAGCGCGAGCAACUGCACCACUCCAAACAACUCCCCCACCACCAUCACCUCAUCCACCCCUUCCCGUCUUCGUCUUCUUCGCCGGCGACAACAGCUCCGAAAGACCAUCAUCAUCAGCAGUACAUCCACCACCACCCAUCGUCUUCGGCUUCUCACCACCAUCUCCAUGGCCUUCACGAGCGUAGACCGCCCGUCGACAUCGAGCCUCCGGAGCCUGCUCCUCCACCCCCCGCCGCACCCGGAUCUGCGACUGCAAACGGCGGGCCUCCGGGCUCUUCGUCCUCGGCGGCCAAAAGUAGCGGCAUGGGUGCCCGGAACACGGGCGACCGCUGGGCCGACCGGUUGUGA